AUGGGAACCUCCACAAUUCCACCAAUCGCAGUUAUCGGCGGUGGCCCAUGCGGUCUUAUGUUAGCACGUCUGCUCCAAACCGCAAGCAUCAAUUAUGUCGUUUUUGAGCGCGAUGACUCCCCAACUUCAACCCUCAGAAGCCAAGGCGGUACGCUAGACAUCCACAGAGACUCAGGCCAGGAAGCGCUCCGUCGGGCAGGUCUUCAUGAGAAGUUCAAGUCUUUGGCUCGAUACGAUGCAACGACAAUGACCUUGAUGGACUUUCAAGGGAAGUUCAGGGCUUCAUUUGGAGACGAUGAUGGCGGUGAUAGACCAGAGAUCGAUCGCCAGCAGUUGCGGCAGUUGUUACUUAAUUCUUUGCCAACUGAUCGUAUUCGCUGGGGCAAGAUAUUGGAUGUUGUUGAUAGCAAAGAGAAUGGAGAAACGCGUGAUUUGACUCUCAACUUUCGCGAUGGAUCGACAGAGAGUGGCUUUCGACUCAUUGUCGGAGCAGAUGGUGCUUGGAGCAAAGUGCGCUCUCUUGUCACUGACGCAAAGCCUGUUUAUUCUGGUAAAUCGUUCCUUGAAGGCAGAAUAUCCCCGGACAACGCCCAAUACAAACUCGCGCAACAAAUAGCGGGCAAAGGAACAGCCAUGGCAAUGAGUGCCAAAUCCACUCUCGCCAUCCAACAAUUAUCCGAUGCCUCAUACCGGAUCUACAUGGGCGUAGUGGCACCUGAGUCCCUGACGCGUCCUGGUGGUGAUGCUGAUCCAAACGAUAUGGACAAAGCGCGAAAAACAAUGCUUGGACCUGGAGGCUUUUACGAUAAUUGGACACAAGACUUGAGACGUUUAAUCGAGGCAUCUGAGGGACCAUGGAGACCGUGGCCGCUUUAUCGCCUCGACAAGACCUUGUUCUCGUCUAACGAGGGAGAUAUACACGAUGGCCGAUUUGAAUGGAAACGCGUCCCUGGCGUUGUUCUGCUCGGAGACGCCGCGCAUCUCGCUACUCCAAAUGGCGAAGGCGUGAACCAAGCCAUGUAUGACGCGCUCGUAUUAUUCGACCAAAUCAUUUCUGAAACUGGGGUUCCUGAAGGAAGUUAUCAUCAGAAAGCUGAUACAGAGGCUUUAGAGCGCGCCAUUGUGGCUUAUGAGAAGGAGAUGCGACCUAGAGCAUAUGAGCAUAUCCAGAGCAGUAUCGACAUGGAAGACAUGAUGUAUGCAGACGAUGGGGCUCAGCACAUGAUAGAGGCUUUCAAGCAUGCUCAUGGUGAGAGUUAG